AUGCAGCAACAAGACACUAAUCAAAGCUCGACGCCUGCUUGGGACAUACAGGCUAGCAAAGGUAAAUGGAACAAGGUGGUGGAAAAGACAAAGGACGGCAAGGGCACGUUCUGUGUUGCCAGAGAAAAGAUCAACCAAGGCGAGCAACUGCUGACUGAGGAGCCUUUCAUGCGACAAAUUGAUGAGAAAUACAAAAAAACUCGCUGCCAUUACUGCUUUGGAGAGUUGAAGGGCCAUAAUAUUCGCUCAUGUUGUAGCAAAGAUUGCCAAUGGAAGGCCCAAUACUGCUCAGAAGAGUGCGAACGCCGUGCUUGGACAAAAGGCCAUCAAUGGCUGUGUCGCUUCCCUGAGCUAUCCGAACAAGACGCCGAUAUCGUCUUUGCAGUGGAAGGAUACUUUGUAAGCAAAUCACAAAAUCAAGACAUUUUGCUGGAUUUUGUAUCCAACAGAGACUCUUUUGACGCAAGCCUCGUCAAAGACUACCGCGACAAGUUGAUCAAAGUAGCAUCCAUCCUUGACUUAACAGACAGUGCCAUCGAUAGCAUCAUCACCAUAAUCUUUCAGAUCAAAUGUAACGCAUUUGCAGUAAAGACAGCUCAAUCUGUAGAUGUGGAUGCAGCCCUUGUGGUGUCGCGAGAAUUCUUGACGUUGGGAAGAGCCAUCUACCUGUCAGCCAGUAAGGUAAACCACGAUUGCGACCCAAAUGCCAUUGUAUCUUUUGGAGAUGGAGCAACAAAUCCCUGCUUGCUAAAAAUUCAAAGCGUCAAGGGGCCUAUCGAGAAAGGAACUGAGAUCACCAUCAGUUAUGGCCCCUUGGCUUCUAUACACAGCAAGGAUGAUCGCUUAAAAAAGCUGAAAGAAGGCUACCAAUUCGAAUGCAAAUGCAAUGCGUGCAAGGAUACAUCCAAUAAGAAAUCUCCUGAAAGCAUCUACAAGUGCCAAAUCUGCAAAAAGGGUCGCCUGUACAGACAACAAUCCAAAUGUGGUGAGUGUGGACAGGAGCCUCAUUGGCCUUAUUUCAUCAAGGCGGAAAGGGAGGUCGAAGUGCUCAAACAGAAACAAGACUUUAUCAAGGUUUUCAAGCUUCAAUCAGACAUCUAUCAUGACGAUACGCUUGUUCUUGGCCAAACAGCAGAUCGCAUUGCCAUGUAUGCCUGCAAUUCUGGACAAUGGGAACUAGCCUCGAAUUACGCAAUCAUGUCAUUGACUGUUGCACGAAAAGUGUAUGGAAAAUUAAGUGUGGAAGCAGCGGAAGAAAUGAUGAAGCUGUCAACUAUAUUAUUGAACCUCUGUUUGACAACUGGAAAGAGAAAAAAGGAAGCUAUAGCACAUAUCAAAGGUACCAUUAUUACAUACAAAAUCUUGGGUCUAGAUAAAACGAUGCCAGAGGACAUUGAUGAACUGGAACAGAUGAUGACCCAUUUGAUGUUUAUGGCCUUAUAA